AUGUCGGCUCGAAUCAAAAGCAAGCAGGCAAACGGAAAGGGAGACAGCUCGCAAAACUCUGCAUCUUUACGCCGCAAAUAUGAAUUACGCAGCAGAUAUUCUCACUUGACAGAUUCUUCCUCCGCAAGGGCUGUAUGGCCACUACUCAAACGCAUGUCCGCUAGCAAAGCUGCCGCUGCGCCUGCUGCUGCAGCUGUUGUUGCUGCUCCUGCUGCAGCAGCAGCUGCAGCCUCAGCCGCAGCACAAACAGAAGUCGUGGAUAGUCCAAGAGGGGUUCCUGUCGUGCUGCGGCAGCCUCUGCUUCUUGCCAGUUGUAGCCCAAGUGCUCUUAACGUCUUCGCACUCGUGGCGCAUGCAAUGCGGGUGGUGUACGAAGCGGAAGGCGUUUCUGGACUCUUUAGGGGCUUAGUCCCUUCUUGUCUCCAUAGACUAGGCCGAGACUGCCUUCACUGGCUGUUGCUGCGGCACUGCUAUCGUGGAACUGUCUUUCUGACGCGCGGCGUGUUUGCGACAGUCGGUGAGUGCGAAUCGGACGAGCCUAAAGUCGGGAAGAAGGGGAGUCGGGCAGAGAAUCAGCGCGAGGAUUCCCCAGAAGGCAGCUGCGAGGAUGGCAAGGAUGGCAAGGAUAGCAGCAGCUCCAGUGGCAGCGGGAGACUUUUCGCCGAAUUAGCGACAUAUCCCUUGCUGGUUGUGUCGACGCGUCUGGCGGUUAUCGAGUCUCCCUUCCCUCUGUCUCCCCCCGUGUUUCUUCCGCGAGUCUUUUCGCUUUCUGGCUUUUUUGGCUUCGCUGUGGACUUGUUGUCUUCGCAAAUGGUAGUCGGCACAUCAGAGAUGCUGUAUUUGACGCUGAAGGCAGACGGUGCGGGAGCCUUCUGGCGAGGGGCCGUUCCGUACAUUCUUUCCCGAUCAGUAGAUGAAGCACAGGAAGAAGACUCUCCCGUGGAAAGGCGGCUGCAGCAGCUUGAAGAGUACACGAUCCGAGCUUGGCUUUCAGCAAUCCUUGGAACUGCCGCGGCUCCUUUGGCGCAACUCUCCGUCAUUCAACGGUGUCAGUCCACGCUUCAGGGACUGUGUCAACACAAGCCUUGGCUCAAGGUUCUCUCCGGAAUGCCUUGGAAGGCCCUAGCAACGAGCCACCGACGCCUGUCGGCAAUCGAAAGCGAAGAGGAAGAAGAACUGAUGUGA